CCCAUCUGCCACGUGUCCAUCGCUUGCAUAAAUUUCUCUCGCUUGUUCCCUCCGUCCCCAAAUUCACUCCUAAAUUUCUCACCGAUUCCUUUUCCUGAUGACAACCGCCGCCGUACCCUAACCCUAAUUUUCCAUCACUCGGCCAGCUUUCAUGGCCAGCCCUUCCCCUCUCACCUUCUCCGCCUGCUCUUCCGCUUCCUCCUCCUCAGCCACCCUCUACUCCAUCCCUCCUGACACUGAUUGCGUCUCCGACGGUUCUUUCUCCUCCGCCGCCGCCGGUUUCGCCCCACCCGUCGAAGACGCCGCCCCCACCGCCGAGGUCCCUUCCGUCUACCACCUCUCCUUCAACCAGGACUGCGGAUGCUUCGUCGCCGGUCUCGACAACGGGUUCCGGAUCUACAACACCGACCCGUUCAAGGCCCUGUUCCGCCGCGACAUGGAUUCUUCUUCCCCUUCCUCCUCCUCCUCACGCGGCGGAAUCGGACUCGUCGCCAUGCUCUUCCGAUGCAACGUGCUCUGCUUCGUCGGCGGCGGCCCCGAGCCUCUCUAUCCGGCGAAUAAGGUCAUGAUCUGGGACGACCACCUCUCGCGCUGCUUCAGCGAGCUAUCUUUCCGUUCCGAAGUGAGGAACGUGAAAAUUCGGCGCGACAAGAUCAUCGUCGUGCUGGCUCAGAAGGUUUUCGUCUACAACUUUGUGGAUUUGAGGCUGGUGCAUCAGAUUGAGACGGCGUUGAACAGUAAGGGGCUUUGUGAGGUUUCGCAUACUUCGUCGCCGAUGCUCCUGGCGUGCCCUGGCUUGCAGAAGGGGCAGAUUAGGAUAGAGAAUUAUGGUUCGAAGAAGACGAAAUUCGUGAUGGCUCAUGAUUCGAGGCUCGCUUGUAUGAGCAUGACUCAAGAUGGGAGGUUGCUUGCUACUGCCAGCAGUAAAGGCACUUUGGUCCGAGUUUUCAAUGCCUUAGAUGGUUCCUUGCUUCAGGAGGUUAGGCGAGGUGCAGACAGAGCAGAAAUCUACAGCCUUGCAUUCUCCUCGGAUGCUCAUUGGCUAGCAGUCUCUAGUGACAAGGGAACCAUCCAUGUCUUCAGCCUCAAAGUGGAUUCAGGGUCAUUGGCAACACUAUCAAAUGAUAGAUCACAGGUGGUGUCUGCUCCAAAUCCUUCCAAUGGUUUGGGCAUUUCAUCCCUUUCCAUCUUGAAAGGGGUGUUGCCAAAGUAUUUCAGCUCAGAGUGGUCUGUGGCUCAGUUCCGAUUGCCAGAAGGCUCCGAGUACCUUGUUGGUUUUGGCCAGCAAAAGAACACAGUUAUCAUCAUCGGACUGAAUGGAAGCUUCUACAGAUGUGAGUUUGAUCCUGUGAAAGGGGGAGAGAUGACGCAGUUGGAACACCAUAAUUAUCUUAGUGCCGACAAUUUCCUGAAGCCAGGUGAAACUUUCACCAAGACAUUGUAAUUAUGAAGCGAAAAAUAAGCUGUGCUCAAAAUUUUGGCCAUCUCUCUUUGUGUAUUUUACUGUUAGUAUACUUCUUAUUCAUGCCUGUCAUUCUAGUUCUCUCGAAAGGUGAAAAGAGGAAUAAGAUGUCACUUGUAAAUAGUGGAAUGAAAGUUAAUUGAUGAUUGGAAUCACCAGUGGGGUAAAUUUGCGACCUUUUUGGUAUGCAUAGAGAUUUGUCUUGAAUCUAUAUAGUUUGGCAAGAAAAUGGAAAACAAUGGCUUCUUUCUAACACUUAUAGCAGAAAGGAAAUCAUUUUCUGCUACUGACUAUUAUGUUUCUCGCGCCGCGAAAAGAGCCUCGUCAAGCAUACAAUGUCAAUGCACGAAGAACCACUAUAUUGAUUUUUCCACUACGAACUCAGCAAGGAAAGGGGGUUAUUUUUCCAUUAUGAACUUUUGGUCAGAAAACUACAAACUAAUAUGAAACGAAAAUAUAGAAACUAAAAUCCAGUGAAGAGAAGGACAAUCAACAGGGACCUUUCUCUAAGCACUAAAAACUACUACUGCCAUGGCUGACAAUUGACAACUACAAAUCAUAUUCAA